AUGCCUCGCCUAAGAAACACCAUUGCCUCUACUAGAGCCAACCGGAACGAAGCGAAUGAUGAUGAAACCAACCGAAACGAGGCGAAUGACAAUACCAACCAAGAGAACCGACGAUCAUCUGUGUUCAUUGAUGGAGAUGAUAAUGAAGAACAACAAAUGGUGACAUUGGAGGAGUUCCUCCAGUUCGUCUCUGAAAAGCCUGAGUGGCUGUAUGAGAAGCUCUGUUCAAUCCACCAACGAUAUGAAGAGUGCAUUGACGAACAAGGAGUGCAACGUGCUGAAAGAGAACUCCAAGGCAGAACCAAGGAUGGGGAGAUUGCUCUUCUGCGCUGUGAACUGGAGGAAGUUAGAGAACAACUUCAGGACCGCAUUGACAACGAUGAGCAUGUCCAACGGGAGCUAGCAGAGACUAGGUCUGAGCGUGAUGCAUAUAGCCGCCAGAUUGCAAAGAUGGCCAUGCAGUUGACCAACAGCGGCAAUCAGGAACCCAUGCCAACAACCACUAGUGUCCGAAAGACCACCAAGAUUCCUGAUCCCCCGAUGUUGACUGAUGGUAAGGAACCCCAAUUCGAAGACUGGCUGCUCCUGAUGACCAAAAACUUACUGCCAACGCCGACCAUUUCGACAAUUCCCAACUCCGUAUGGCAUAUGUGGCUAGCCGCUGUGAGGGCAAGGCCUGGAAGCACAUCACCCCUCGUAUGCGAGAGGAUGCCAUGA